AUGUACGGACGUUUGAAGGCGAACAAGGAUGAGCUGAACCAAAUCAACAGAGAUUUAGACAGCCGAAUAUCAGAUGAAGAGUUUGAGGAAGAGUACGACACUAUCCUUGAAUACGAAUACAACGCUAACAGCGUCAUGAGUGCGCUUACUAGCAAGCGCGACCGUAUAGUUGCGGCCAUGUCAUUGGCACUGGAACUGCAGACUUCGUCCGUAGCGAGUACCGUCUUCGCAAGCUGUACGACCAGUUCAUCAUCAACAUCAGAGGACUGGAGACCCUUAGGAGCGUUGUUCUCUACAAAUACACUGCUGCUAAUUUUAUGCAUAAAGUCAUCUAAGGUGAUCAACCUGAGCACACCCACCCUUGGUGAUAUCAUCGGACAUUGUGUUGCCAUGAAUGAGCCCAACCCCGUGUCUGAAAUCAUAUCAUAUUAUACUUCUGCCAAGAUGGUUGCCACCUCAGUUGCGUUAGCAGCGGCUACCAUUGCACUGGCCUCGCCAUUCGGUGGCGGUGGUGGUGGCGGCGGCUGGAAAAUGAUGGGAGGAGGUGGCGGCUUCAAGGGCGGCAUGGGGUCACCCAUGAAGAACAAGUUCCGAACUGGCAAUGUGUACCUCAUCAAAGAGCUCCACCCUAUCAAUGCGCCAGGCAAAGGAGGAAUGAUGAUGGUGGGAGGCGGCUGGAAGCCUAUGAUGGGCGGCGGUGGUGGCUGGAAACCCAUGGGUGGCGGAUGGAAGACGGGAGGUGGAGGUGGCGGCGGAUGGAUGGGUGGUGGUGGAGGCAGUGGAGCUCCUGGCUGGAUGCGAAUGGCAACCGUCGUGCUGAAUCAUGGUGGAGGAGGUGGUGGUGGCGGAUGGAAGAUGGGUGGAGGCGGCGGCAGUGGAUGGAAGAUGGGAGGUGGCGGCGGCAGCGGCGGCGGAUGGAAAAUGGGUGGUGGAGGUGGGAGUGGUGGAUGGAAAAUGGGAGGCGGAGGAGGUGGAUGGAAGAUGGGAGGUGGCGGCGGAGGAUGGAAGAUGGGCGGUGGAGGUGGUGGUAAGCCUGGCACCACAUACAUCAUCAUCAAGAAGGGCAGCAGCAGCGGUGGCGGAGGCGGCAAAUCUGGCGGUAUGGGCGGCCACCUCAGCGGCCUAACUAGUCUCUUUAGCGGUCAUGGUGGCGGAGGCGGAGGUGGUGGCCAUGGCGGCAGCGGAGGAGGCGGCGGCAGCGGCUGGUGGAUGUGA